AUGGUUUUAUAUUACCUAUUGAUUGUGAUUUCAAUUCGCCUGAUCUAUUUUUUGAUUUUCUACGAAUUUCGAAAAAAAGAGAAAGAAGCUAUUGUAUUUCCAUUGUAUUCGAGUAUUUUUCUAGUGCUUCUUGGACAAGUUUUUAUGAUUCAUACUAUACCGUAUUUUAUGACAGGUUUUGUUACAAAAUACGAAUCGGAGAUGUGAGAAAUUCAAAUGCGCUCCAUCGAACAAAGCACUUUUGCGAUUUCCAGCGAAUUCUUCGUACUCGCCUUCGAAUCAUCUCACAUCAUCCUAAAUCUCUUCCUCCUUAUGAUCGCUCUUCAAAGAAUCGUAAUCAUGCUAAACAUCCAAUUCCUUUCCAAAUAUGUUCAGGGAAAACCCCUACAGUAUACUAUUACUAUGAUUCAUCUGAUUUUUAUCUCUGGAAUGAUUAAUUAUAAAUAUGAUCGCUGUGCGGAUGGUUUUUGUAAAGCAUAUCAUAUUAUAAUUGGAAAUGAGACAUGUGGAGCUGAAGUUGGGGCUGAUGUUGAGGCUAAAGUCCAAGCUUCAACUUCAAUGUUUGAAUAUGACUCAAGACCGUUCACUGAGAAAGUUGGAAGUUAUCUAAACCUUAUUAACCAAAUAACAAUAGGUGAUUAUAUUCUCCUGGGAAUCCAUCAAAUUAUCCCGCUCAUCUCGUUGUUUUUACAUUUGAUUUUGUUGGUCAGUAUAAAACUCAAUAAAAAUGUGAUGUCAGAAACGAGGAAAAUUGCCGAGUUGGCUAUUAUUUAUCAGAAUAUUCCGAUUUUUAUGGCAUCCACGGUGAGGAUAGAAUUUGACGUGGCAAAGUUGUCGAAUUUUGAAAUUUCCCGAUUUUUCUUAGUGUUAGAGACACUAGUUUUGAGUUCUGAUUUCACGAAAAAAAACUGUUUGAAAAUGUUUUUUUUAACAUUGAAAUUCACGAAAAGUCAAAAAAUGUCGAAAAAACAUUGUAGGUCAAAAUUAGUUUUCCAAGUUUUCAGCCAAAAAUGAUGACAAAUCGAGAUUUUUGAAGCUUCUGGAGUGAUUUGUGAUGAAAAUUGACCUUGGAAUUUUUCACUUUUCAGAAUUUUUGCUGAUUUUCCGUGCGAAUUCCCUAAAAAUUGAUAAAAUAGGGUUCUUGAAGCUUAUUUUCAUCAGAAAUUACUCCAGGAACUUGAAAAUUCUCGAUUUGUCAUCAUUUUUGGCUAAAAAACUCGAAAAAUUAAUUUUGACCGACAAUGUUUUAGGGCUGAUUUACGAACGAAAAAAUGUUCAAAAUUUUUUUUCAAACAUUGAGAGAUCAAUUCACAAGUCAAAAAAUGUCGAAAAAACAUUGUAGACCAAAAUUAGUUUUCCAAGUUUUUCAGCCAAAAAUGAUGCCAAAUCGAGAUUUUUGAAGCUUCUGGUGUGAUUUGUGAUGAAAAUUGACCUUGGAAUUCACUUUUCAGAAGGUUUUGCUGAUUUUUCGUAAAAUAAAAAAUUUCAAUAUUUACAAGGCGAAUUCCGUAAAAAUUGAUAAAAUUAGAAAAAAAUAAUUCUAGAAAAAUGUUGAAAAAGUUUUUUCUCAGAGAAACAGGCUGGAGAACCGGCGGAGAAAACGACAUGUCGGCGAACUCUCGGACAACCGGUGGACAAAAGUUUCGGCGAAAUAGUGUAGGUGAGACACUCCGCCGGUUGUCCGAGAGUUCGCCGACAUGUCGUUUUCUCCGCCGGUUCUCCAGCCUGUUUCUCUGAGUUUUACGUCGAAAGAUCAAUUCACGAAAAGUCAAAAAAUGCCGAAAAAACAUUGUAGACCAAAAUUAGUUUUCCAAGUUUUUCAGCCAAAAAUGAUGAAAAAUCGGGAUUUUUGAAGCUUCUGGAGUGAUUUGUGAUGAAAAUUGACCUUGGAAUUUUUCACUUUUCAGAAUUUUUGCUGAUUUUCCGUGCGAAUUCCGUAAAAAUUGAUAAAAUGAGAAAAAAUAGGGUUUUUGGCUGAAAAACUUGAAAAAUUAAUUUUGACCGACGACUUUUCGUGAAUUGAUUUUUCAACGUAAAAAAAAACACUUUUUUUCGUUCGUUCCUAGAAUUUUCGGAUUUUCCUCCCUUGAUCCAGAUACACAAAUUCAAAAAUCACAGCUCCAAACAUCUCUCAUCGCUUUUGCUCACUUCAAUCUUCCCGUAUUUUCCACCUACAAUCUCCAAUUCCUCUUGUGCAAUUUACGACCAGAAUGUGAUUUUGUUAUCCCACUCUCCUAUAUUUUUGGAUAUCACAAGCAUAUUCGAAAAGUUUUUCACUCAACAAAUCCAUCGGAAUUGGAACCAUCUGAUAUGGUUACUACAAAAAAUCCACCACAAAAUAAUUCGUCAUGA